AUGGCCGCCCCUAACGAUGCUGAGCAUGAGAUGACCUUCGAUUCGGCCGAUGCCGGUGCCUCUCUUACCUACCCUAUGCAGUGCUCUGCUCUUCGUAAGAACGGUUUCGUCGUGAUCAAGAACCGCCCUUGCAAGAUCGUCGACAUGUCCACCUCCAAGACCGGAAAGCACGGUCACGCCAAGGUCCAUCUCGUUGCUACCGACAUCUUCACUGGCAAGAAGUACGAGGAUCUUUCUCCCUCUACUCACAACAUGGACGUCCCCAACGUCUCUCGUCGCGAGUACCAACUGCUCGACAUCUCCGACGACGGUUUCCUCUCUCUCAUGACCGAUGACGGUGACACCAAGGACGAUGUCCCCCUUCCCGACAACGAGGUUGGCCAGAAGAUCACCAAGCUCUUCAAGGAGGAGGAGAAGGACACCAACGUUAUCGUUCUCACUUCCAUGGGCGAGGAGUGCGCCAUGGAAGCCAAGGAGGCCCCCAACCAGGGUUAA